AUGCUAACUGCCGGGACUGCCAGCCCCGAAUACACGGCCCUCGUCAGCUCAAUCUUUCUAGUUGCCCUCGAGGCUACCAUCCGCAUCCUCACCCUGUGUCUGCCGAGUUGGCUCAUCGAUCUCUGCUAUCGUGCCUCGCGAAGGAUAUUUAAUCGGUUCACCAGCCCGGCCCAGAAGCGAGCCCAGGAGAAGAAGAAAUCCAUCUCGACCUCGAUCAGCGAUGCGUCCGACUUUGUCGAGCUCUGUCGCGUCUUCGGCUACACGGCCGAGGAAUACGUCUUCUCGACCAAGGACGGCUACCUGCUCGGCCUUCACCGCCUGGCCUGGCGGCGGGGCGAGGAGGACGUCAAGGUCAAUGAUGGUCCACGCAGCGUGGCCAAGCGCGUGAUCUACAUGCACCACGGCCUGUUGAUGAACAGCGAGGUGUGGGUGUGCGCGACCGAUGCGCGGCGCUGUCUCCCCUUCAUGCUGGUCGAACGCGGCUUCGACGUCUGGCUGGGAAACAAUCGCGGCAACAAGUACUCGAAGAAAUCGGUUAACUGCUCAGCCGACAGCUCCGUCUUCUGGAACUUCUCCAUCGACGAGUUCGCCUUCCACGACAUCCCCGACAGCAUCGCUUACGUGCUCGACGUCACCGGCCAGCCGUCCCUUUCCUACAUUGGCUUCUCACAAGGCACUGCUCAGGCCUUUGCCGCCUUGGCCAUCCAUCCCAAGCUCAACGACCAGGUCAAUGUGUUCAUCGCACUCGCACCCGCCAUGUCGCCGGCCGGCCUGUCCAACGGCAUCGUCGACGCACUCGUCAAGGCAUCGCCGCAGGUGCUGUAUCUGCUCUUUGGCCGUCAUUCCAUCCUCAGCUCGGCCACGCUCUGGCAGUCGCUCCUCUAUCCGCCGUUGUUUGUGCGUGUCAUCGACCUCGGCCUGAGCUUCCUGUUUGGCUGGCGCACCGCCAACAUCUCCGCGUCCCAGAAGCUGGCCGCAUACCCCCAUCUCUACUCCUACACCAGCACCAAGUCGGUCGUGCACUGGUUCCAGAUCAUCCGCACAAAGUCGUUCCAGAUGUACGACGACGACGUGCAUCCGCCGCUGGCCCUGCACUCCAAGCACACCAAGGUGGCCAAGUAUCCGACGCGCAAUAUCAAGACGCCUGUGGUCCUGGUGUACGGUGGCAUCGAUUCGCUGGUCGACAUCCGCGCGAUGCUGCGCGAGCUGCCGGCCCAAACUGUUGCCACCGAAAUCCCGCACUACGAGCACCUUGACUUUCUGUGGGCCCGCGACGUCGACAGCCAGGUCUUCCGCCACGUCUUUGACGCUAUCGACAGCUUCACCGGCGCCGAGCAUACCAAGGAGGAGUAUGCACGCUACCGAAACGCCCGUCACGCGAGCAUGAAUUCGCAAGUCGUCCACUAUCUGCCUGAGAGCAGCGACGCCGUUGACAGCGACCAGAGCGCCCAGAGCGAUCAGGACGGCCAGAUUGCCGUCACCACGACCGUGUCUGACAAGGCGGUUGAACAAGACAGCCACGGUCAUGAGCACACCACCACACCACCGCUGUCGGGCACGGCCGAGACGGUCUCGACGAUGGAGACGGACGAGACGGCAGCAUCGGCAGCGGUCGUCAUGACACCCACGCUGCGCAAGACCUCGUCGCAAAAGUUCCGCAAUGCCGGCAGCCUGCGAAUUGGCUCGCUCAGAGGCAGCAAAGGCAUCAGUGACGGCAUCCGGCUCGGUAGCAGCAGAGCCGUGGGAGGUGUGACGACAGAGGCAGCGGUAGGCAGCGCAAUCGGCGGGACUUCCAGCUCAGACGAGGGCCGAAAGCGGGCAGCCUCCAAGUAG